UGUUACUACACGUACGUCCGUACAUUCAGACGUUUACAAAUGGCGUCCGCCAAUCGACUCGUACGGCGUUGGUCGCAACGAAACAUAUCGUUUAAAUUUUGGCGGGUAUGUUUGAAAAUUCGAUUGUCAGGGACGGUUCAGUGUUCAAGGUAGAAGCACAGGACAAUGACGAACCAGCUGAGACUCCACAUUGUUUUCAUUUGCCUGCAAUUUUCUACCUCCAUACUUGCAGUCGCAGGCGGCGCGGACUGGGGAGAAUGGUCAACCUGGUCACCAUGCAACCUAAGUGGAUCCUGUCAGAUCCGUGACGUCAUCGUGACGUCAAACCGCAGCCGUACCUGCAAUGUGGGAGGAGACAGCACUGCUAGUUCACAAGACUGCAGAGGACGGAAAACAGAAGUGAGAUUUUGUGACUGUGUCAGGAACUGCAGUAGUGGAUCUGAGCAAUGUAAGAAGAGCCAAGCUGUAAACUUAAAAGACACAACACUAUUGACUUUGAAAGAUGGCGGGGAUUCGAAUGGAACAACCAAUGGGAUCAGGGAUGAAAGGUCAAGUACGACAAACCGGAAAUUAGCUCGAGAUUCUCGCCGAACAAGAGCAGCCGAUCUUCUAUCAUUCCUCUCCGACACACCAGCAAGUUCCAAGAAUCGAGAGUCCAAAAUUGGAAAUUCUGACGAUGUAAGGCACUUACUCAGGCUGGCGAGCAAGGCCAAAUCGAAAGCAGACAAAGCUGACGAUUCCGGGGAUGUGCAAUUGCUGCAAAACUUCAUUCAGGAACUUCCAAAGGAAGACGUCGUUAAUUUAGACGAUUUGCUGCAGCUGGAAAACACCUCACCAUCGUCAAAUUUGCCUUCUGUGAUAACCAACCAAAAUCCUACAAAUAAACUUGUAACAGGAACUCAAUCUACAGCUCUAGAUACUGAACUGGAUAUCUUGGAUCUUGGAAUAGAAGAGUUGUUAGCUUCAACAGAAGUGACAACUAGCAAAACAGAAGUGGAAAAAGAAAAAGUAAAGAAACAAGAAAAGGAAAUAGAGAAGUCGAUAUCUUCAACAAUAGUUUCAAAUAGUGCAAAAGAAGUAGAGGAAGCAGUAACAGAAGAGCCGAUGUCUUCAACAGAAUUACCAAGUAGCGAAACAGAAGAAAAACAACAAGUAGCAGAAAAAACAACAUCGUCAACAGAAACCUCAACUAGUGAAAUAGUAGUAGAGGAAGCAGUAACAAAACAGCCGAUGUCUCCAACAGAAGUACUUACUAGCAAAGCAGAAGGAGAAGAAGCAGUAAGAGAAGAGUGGAUAUCUUUAACAGAGGCUCCAACUAGUAAAAUAGAAGUGGAAGAAGCAGUAACAGAGGAGCCGAUACCUUCAACAAAAGUACUAAAUAGAAAAACAGAAAGAGAAGAAGCAGUUAGAGAAGAGUGGAUAUCUUUAACAGAGGUCCCAACUAUAAAAAUAGAAGUGGAAGAAGCAGUAACAGAGGAGCCGAUACCUUCAACUAUUAAAAUAGAAGUGGAAGAAGCAGUGACAGAGGAGCCGAUACCUUCAACUCUUAAAAUAGAAGUGGAAGAAGCAGUGACAGAGGAGCCGAUACCUUCAACUAUUAAAAUAGAAGUGGAAGAAGCAGUGACAGAGGAGCCGAUACCUUCAACUCUUAAAAUAGAAGUGGAAGAAGCAGUGACAGAGGAGCCGAUACCUUCAACUAUUAAAAUAGAAGUGGAAGAAGCAGUGAGAGAGGAGCCGAUACAUUCAACUAUUAAAAUAGAAGUGGAAGAAGCAGUGAGAGAGGAGCCGAUACCUUCAACUAUUAAAAUAGAAGUGGAAGAAGCAGUGAGAGAGGAGCCGAUACCUUCAACUAUUAAAAUAGAAGUGGAAGAAGCAGUGACAGAGGAGCCGAUACCUUCAACUAUUAAAAUAGAAGUGGAAGAAGCAGUGAGAGAGGAGCCGAUACCUUCAACUAUUAAAAUAGAAGUGGAAGAAGCAGUGAGAGAGGAGCCGAUACCUUCAACUAUUAAAAUAGAAGUGGAAGAAGCAGUGAAAGAGGAGCCGAUACCUUCAACUAUUAAAAUAGAAGUGGCAGAAGCAGUAACAGAGGAGCCGAUACCUUCAACAGAAGUACCCAGUAGCAAAACAGAAGGGGAAGAAGCAGUUACAGACAAGUCGAUGUCUUCCACAGGGGUUCCGACUCGCAAUACAGAAGGGGCAGAAGCAGUAAUCAAAGAGUGGAUAUCUUUAACAGAUGCUCCAACUAGUAAAGCAGAAGUUGAAGAAGCAGUGGAAUCAGAUGCACCGCCACAAGCCACCCGUGCUUCGAUUGUGAAAACUAUGGAGAAAGUACCUGAAGAAAGCAAGGAAUCAGCAAUCUUCACUUCUUAUUCCGCACAAGAGUCAGUCACGCCUGCUGAAAGUUAUCCUCCAACCGAUGUCAAAUUAAAGCCAACGGGUCCCAAUCUCCUGCGAAGCACCGUAGAAGAACCCGGUGUGUCAUUUGACAAAGUCGAACCGCUGCCUUCUGAGCAAAUCGCAGAUUUGAUUAACACGGUCCAGGAAACGUCAGACGAAGAGGAGCUUGCCAGCGUAUUGAAUAAGGCAAAAAAGAAAGUAGAGCAGCCUUCUGAAGUUCCGUCAGCUGACGCGGAGUCCUUAUCAGUGACAACCACAUCAGAGGCAUUGUCAAAGCUUCACGGUGAGGAUCUUCUCCACCUGAUUAAUAAUGUUCAGGAUACACACGAGGGCGGGAUGCCGGACUUGGAUUCACUGCUGGAUGAAAUAAGCCAAUUAUCCGAUUUCAGAGAAGAUAAUGAAAAAGAUAUCGAUAAACUACGUGAAAUAUUGAACAUCGUCCAAAAACCACAAACUGCUGACCAGAGUGCAGCACCAACAUCAGCCAGAAUGCUGACUGCAAGUUCGGCACUUCUUCCUUACUCUAACAAGACAGAAAAGAUCGACAAAGGACACGUAAAGGAUAGAUUGGGAGACAACCUAGAGGCCUUGGCUGAUAUCUUUGAGACCAAUACCAAAAUACCGAGUGAGGUCAUCAACAAAAUUGUUGACAAAAUUGAUGACCUGAUGGAGGCACCAUCUUCGGUGUAUAAUGAGACAAUUCCACUAACUACGAGUCCAAAUGAGGAAAAAUUUAUUCUUGACAUGAUUGACAGCCUCAAAGAAUUCGAGAUAAAACACGGCGAUGAAAACCAUCAUCUCCAAGUCUUGAACGAGCUUUUUAAUGGGGUAUUGGAGUCAAAUCAAGACGUCUUCGGGCAUGAAAUCAACAACCUGAAUCGUCUGCUCAAUCCUACCAUUGCGUCUCCAGAUACAUCGGCGUCAUCCUCCACAAUGACCCCCAGCGAAGCUGCAACUACAACGGUUGCCAAGGCAAAGGUGCUGGACUUUUUGGGCGAAAUAUCGGGGCUGGCAGUCAAUGAAAGGGCAAGAAGUAAAGAAGAGAUGGACAACAUCCAUGACUUGUUAGAAAUGGUUGGGGAAGCUGACAAGGAUGUUCUGGGCAAUGAGGUCAAGCAGUUACUCGGAUUACUAAUUCCCAGUACUGCGUCUUCCACUUUGCAGACGUCACCGGUUACAGUUAUGCCGAAGAAUUUGACGACUUCCCCGACUGUUCCUCAAACAGACAUGGUUAGUUCUACCCAAGAUAAAGAAGUAUUGUUUCUGAACAUGAUUGAUGAACUUGGCGAAAGCGGAAGGAAACAAAAAGAGCAAAACAACCGGCAUAUUCAAGAAAUGGAUGAGUUUCUCAGUGAUGUCAAAGAGCCGAACAAAGACGAGCUAAAUCGAGAAAUCGAUCGUCUAAGUCGGCUGCUGAAUCCAGCAACAGUAUCCACGAAAAAAAUGGAGUCAACUUUGACGACUGGUUAUGGUGAAGAAACUACGACGCCCUCUGGCGCGCUUGACAAGGAGAGGUUGUUGGACUUUGUGGGCGAGAUAACGGGGAUGGAGAUGAAUGAGAAGAUGAAAAGUAAAGAAGAAAUAAAAUAUAUCAACGACAUUCUCAGAAGUGUUGCAGAAUCGGACGAGAAUGUUCUUGGCAAUGAGGUUCAUCGAUUACUACAGUUACUUGUGCCUAUUACUGUUGCAUCCGAGAAAUUACAGACUUCACUCGCCACUUUACUGUCCACCUCACCUACAAGUUUCCCGGUCACACCUAAAACCGCGAGCCUAACUUCCCAAAUUCCUACUCCAACAACAAGUGUUCAGUCAACGUUAGCAGAAGGAGCAUUGCUUAUCAACAUGAUUGGAAACCUCCAAGAAGUUGAUAGAGAUCAAGAAUUGGGUAAUCGUCUUCAGAUUCAAGAUUUGAGCGACCUAUUCGACGACGUUAAGGAGUCAGACAAAGAUAUUCUAAGCCAUGAAGUCAACCAUCUGAACCAGUUGCUGAAUCCAACAUCCAGUGCAACUACAGAGCCAUCUCAUACGAUGCCUGGGAGGGGAGUUACAACACCCAAAACAGGGACGAAGGAGUCAUCAACAAUUCUACCAACAGCUGCCUCAACGCCCAUGUCAGUGGUGGAAAAUGAGGAGGUGUUGGACUUCAUGGACAAGAUAGCGGUGCCGGUGAUGAAUGAGACAAUCAGCAAUCGACAGGAAAUAGAUGACAUCGAUGACAUUCUAGGCAGGGUUCAAGAAUCGGACAGGGAGGUUCUAGGCAACGAAGUAAAUGAAUUGCUCAAAUUACUCGUGCCAAGCACCGUUGCAGUUCUGACUGAGCAGCCAAUGACUACGUUUCAGACAGUGUCGACGGCUACAGUCAGCUCGCCUGCUUUCACAAGCCCAACAGUCAGCACCUCAACAGCACCCUCCGUAACUGGUGAAGGUGAAGCUCUCCUGGAUAUGAUAGCGAAAUUCGAAGAAUCUACGCAGGAGCAGGAAGAAAAUCAGUUUCAGAUUCGGAAGCUCGACGAGCUUUUCGAGGACGUGGGAGAAUCUGGAAAAGACGUCCUUGACCACGAGAUUAAUCACCUAAAUCAGUUGCUGAACCUGGCAACUGUCUCCACAAGUUUGACAAAGCCAACAUCCGCACCAAGCACCGCUGAAGUAACUGAAGUACCUGUGGUGCCCACAUCACCAGUUGCCGCAUUGGAAAUGUUGAACUUAGUGAAAGAGAUCGUAGGACUCACAGAGAAUGAGACUCUAAGAGGAAGGGAAGAGUUAGAUGGCAUCAGUGCAAUCUUCAAAAACAUUCCCAAGAUAAGCGGCAAUGCUACUGGCGAGGGGUUCAGAGAGCUAAUAGAGUCAUUCCUUCCGGUUUCCACGCCGAUUACAGGACGCACAGAGGAAACACCGGUGACAGUGCCAUCAAAAGUCAGAGUUCCCUUUGCCAAGCCAACAAUCCCCGGACAGUACCUACUAGAUCUGCUUAAUCGGACCGAACUCAUCAGCCGCGAGAGUCUUGACAGUGAACUCCACAAAGAUCUCAAUCUGGUUGAUGGCUUCUUGGAGACGUCAAAGCAGAUGUCUAGCAAGGACCUUAUGAGAGAUGCUAUUAAGCAGAUUGAACUAUUGUUGGAACAAAAUAUCACAACCCCAACUGUCAUACCUUCAACGAGUCAGCCAAUCUUAACUCAUCCCAGCCUUCCCAGUAAAAUAACAAAUAACACAAAAGAUCAGUUGUUGCUGGACCUUAUUGAGACCAUUGCAGAAGAACAAAUGACGGGGGAGGGAAAAAGCAAAGAGAUUCAGCCUCUCCAGAUGAUUUUAGAAGCUGCAGGACUUGAAAAAGAAGACAUUUUGAGAGAUGAACUGAAUCAUCUUGAAGCCAUCUUUAAUAUCCAACAGCCAAGUACUCCAAUGGAACGUGAAGAGGCUGAAAGAGUUACAAAGUCUUCUAUCCCGUUUACCCCUAAUUCCAAUGAAAACAUGCUCGAUCUACUUGCAAGAAUUCCAGACUUGGCAGGGAAGGACAAAUCUGAGAGUGGACAGGAAAUUGAGGACAUCCAGGAUGUCCUAAAUGGAGUAGAGGAGUCAGACAAAGACGUCUUGGCUGAUGAAAUUAAGCACCUUGAGAAAAUCUUACAACCGGCUGGUGCAAGCACAUCACAGAGGCCCCUCUCGUCACGUGCUCCUUCGCCAACGUCCGCAAUAACGAGUGGACUUGUGCCUUCGACAAGUCUUCCAAGCCUAAUAACGAAUGAGGCAAAGGAUCACCUUUUGCUGGAUUUAAUUGAGGAUGUUGCACAGGAAAAAAUGCCACUCCAAGAAACGAAAGACAUCCAGUCGUUGGAGACAUUCUUGGAAUCCGCGGGGCUGCACAAAGACGACAUUUUGAGGGAAGAGUUGGCUCAUCUUGAACAAAUUUUCGUUGAGCAUACAAGUGUCCCUACACUAUUUGGUACCACACUCGCGGAGAUGGAAACCGUUCUGACGUCUGGAAAAUUUUCUACACCACCAUCAACCACAAAUACCAAUGAAGUCAUGCUUGAUCUGAUGGAUGAAAUUGCAGCCUUGGCAGGAAAGGAUAAGGCUGAUAAUGUACAGGAAGUUCAGUACAUCCAAGAUGUUUUCGAAGGAGUAAAGGAGUCAGACAAAAACGUCUUGCCUGAUGAAAUUAAGCACCUCGAGAGACUUUUACAGCCGGCUGUUGUUAGUACCUCACAGAGGCCCCUCUUGUCACGUGUUCCUACGCCUGUCUUGCCAUCGAAAAGUUUUCCCAGUUCAAUCAUGAAUGAGACAAAGGAUCACCUUUUGCUCGAUCUUAUUGAGGAUAUGUCACAGGAAAAAAUGACUCCCCAAGAAACGAAAGAGAUUGAGUCUUUGGAGACAAUCAUGGAAUCCGCGGGGAUGCACAAACAAGACAUUUUGAGGGAAGAGUUGGCUCACCUUAAACACAUUUUCUUUGAACGGACAAGUGUCCCAACAUCAUUUGGUACCACAAUUGCGGAGAUGGAAGCCGCUCUGACGUCUGAAAAAGUUGCUGCCCCACCCUCAACUACCAAUGCCAAUGAAGUCAUUCUUGAUCUGAUGGAUGGCAUUGCAGCUUUGACAGGAAGGGAUAAGGCUGAUAAUGUACGGGAAGUUAAGUACAUCCAAGAUGUUUUUAAGGGAGUAAAGGAGUCAGACAAAGACGUGUUGCCUAAUGAAAUUAAGCACCUCGAGAGAUUCUUACAGCCAGCUGGUGUCAGCACCUCACAGAGGCCCCUCUGGUCACCUGCUCCUACGCCAACAUCCGCAAUAACGAGUGGACUAGUGCCUGUCUCACCUUCGACAAGUCUUCCCAUCCCAAUUACGAAUGAGACAAAGGAACACCUUUUUCUCGAUCUUAUUGAGGAUAUUGCACAGGAAAAAGUGCCACUCCAAGAAACGAAAGAGAUCGAGUCUUUAGAGACAUUCUUGGAAUCUGCGGGGCUGCACAAAGAAGACAUUUUGAGGGAAGAGUUGGCUCACCUUGAACCAAUUUUCUUUGAGCAGACAAAUGUUCCAACAUCAUUUGGUACUACACUUGCGGAGAUGAAAACCGCUCUAUCGUCUGGAAAAUUUUCUGCACCACCAUCAACCACAAAUGCCAAUGACGCCAUGCUUGAUCUGAUGGAUGAAGUUGCAGACUUAGCAGGAAAGGAUAAGGAUGAUAAUGUACAGGAGGUUCAGAACAUCCAAGAUGUUUUCAAAGGAGUAAAGGAGUCAGACGAAGACGUCCUGUCUGAUGAAAUUAAGCACCUCGAGAGACUCUUACAGCCGGCUGUUGUAAGCACCUCACAGAGGCCCAUCUUGUCACUUGCUUCUACGCCUGUCUCCCCAUCGAAAAGUCUUCCCAGUUCAAUAAUAAAUGAGACAAAGGAUCAUCUUUUGCUCGAUCUUAUUGGGGACAUUGCAAAAGAAAAAAUGCCACUCCAAGAAACGAAAGAGAUCCAGUCUUUUGAGACAAUCUUGGAAUCCGCGGGGCUGCACAAAGAAGACAUUUUGAGGGAAGAGUUGGCUCAUCUUGAACAGAUUUUCUUUGAACAGACAAGUGUCCCCACAAAAUUUUCUGCACCACCCUCAACCACAAAUGCCAAUGACGCCAUGCUUGAUCUGAUGGAUGAAAUUGCAGCCUUGGCAGGAAAGGAUAAGGCUGAUAAUGUACAGGAAGUUCAGAACAUACAAGAUGUUUUCGAAGGAGUAAAAGAGUCAGAUAAAGAAAUCUUGCCUGAUGAAAUUAAGCACCUCGAGAGACUCUUACAGCCGGCUGUUGUAAGCACCUCACAGAAGCCCAUCUUGUCACUUGCUUCUACGCCUGUCUCCCCAUCGAAAAGUCUUCCCAGUUCAAUAAUAAAUGAGACAAAGGAUCAUCUUUUGCUCGAUCUUAUUGGGGACAUUGCAAAAGAAAAAAUGCCACUCCAAGAAACGAAAGAGAUCCAGUCUUUUGAGACAAUCUUGGAAUCCGCGGGGCUGCACAAAGAAGACAUUUUGAGGGAAGAGUUGGCUCAUCUUGAACAGAUUUUCUUUGAACAGACAAGUGUCCCCACAAAAUUUUCUGCACCACCCUCAACCACAAAUGCCAAUGACGCCAUGCUUGAUCUGAUGGAUGAAAUUGCAGCCUUGGCAGGAAAGGAUAAGGCUGAUAAUGUACAGGAAGUUCAGAACAUACAAGAUGUUUUCGAAGGAGUAAAAGAGUCAGACAAAGAAAUCUUGCCUGAUGAAAUUAAGCACCUCGAGAGACUCUUGCAGCCGGCUGGUGUUACCACUAAACAGAGGCCCCUCUUGUCACGUGCUCCUACGCCAACGUCUGCAAUUACGAGUAAACUAGUGUCUGUCUCACCUUCGACAAGUCUUCCCAGCCCAAUUACGAAUGAGACAAAGGAUCACCUUUUGCUCGAUGUUAUUGAAGAAAUCGCACAGGAAAAAAUGCGACUCCAGGGAACGAAAGACAUCCAGUCCUUUGAGACAGUAUUGAAAUCCGCGGGGUUGGACAAAGAAAACAUUUUGAAGGAAGAGUUGGCUCAUCUUGAACACAUUUUCUUUGAGCAGACAAGUCUUCCCACAUCAUUUGGUACCACACUCGCGGAGAUGGAAACUGUUCUGACAUCUGGAAAAUUUGCUGCACCACCCUCAACCACCAAUGCCAAUGAAGUUAUGCUUAAUUUGAUGGAUGAGAUUUCAGCCUUGGCAGGAAAGGAUAAAGCUGAAAAUGUACAGGAAGUUCAGAACAUCCAAGACGUUUUGAAGGGAGUAAAGGAGCUAGACAAAAACAUCCUGAGCGAUGAGAUAAAGCACCUCUUGGGACCACUAGGGCCCCCUACGGCAAAAACCCCACAGAGGCCUUCCCUUUCACCUACAGUUUCCGAACCUUCCGGAAUCACGGAGACUGAAGAAGUCAGCACACCACUUACACCAACAGCUCAGCUCAUAUCCACAUCUGUAGUGCCUACUCCAGGACCAGUAGCUAUGGGAAAGUUUAUUAUGCACUUUCUACAAGAAAUAGGGAAUAUCAGUAAGAGUCGUCUUCAAAGUGACUUUAAAGAAGACGUCGACCUUGUCGAUCAAUUUGUGAAAACAAGUAACCUAGGCAUCCGGGAGGAUCUAGGCAAAGCAAUCAAUGAUAUCGGUGCCCUGAUGAGCAAAGCUUUGAUCCGAACUACGACACUUCAACCCACAGUUCAAACCGUAACGACAAGUGUUGCACCACCAGAGCUCUCUGAGGCAACAGUUGCUCUUGCCUCAGUCAGUACCCCUACGGUUGAAGUGAGGCACGAAGCCACCUUUAAGCCUGAAAAUCAACAGCUUCUGGAUUUGAUAGCAAACCUGGGAAGAACCAACACUGAGACGAUGAACGAGAACGGCCUGGAGGUGCAAAAACUUGAGGAAAUUUUGGCGAAAGAAGGGAAAUUGCGUGGCGACAUUCUAAAGGAAGAGCUGGACCAUCUUAAUGACGUUCUGAAUCCUGAACAAUACUCGACGGAGACAACCAGGUUUCUGACGGUGACGCCCAGUCCAGAGGGAGGGACAACAGCAAGCACCCCGACUUUAACCAGCAAAGAGUUUGCAGGAAACCAGGCCUUACUGGACAUUCUCUUCAAAGCAUCUCCGCUCAACCAGGGGCAGUUGUUUUAUGAUGCUGAAGAGAUGCAAGAAAUUGCAGAAGUCUUUGCAAACCUGACACAAUCAGACGAGGAAUUUUUAUUCGACGAAAUUGCGAAACUCGAUCACGGGUUGCACUAUGGACAAGAGCUCACACCGGCCUACGACACCAAUGAGCCGCUAUCUACAAAGCAAGUCGCCCGGACUAUUCCCCUGGUAAUCCCAGUAACUCUGGAGAGCAGGGUCUCACCAACUGAGACCACUGAAGUAUCACCAGGCACUGAAACAGAUGCUGAAGCCUUUCUGGAUACCCUCCUGCAAUUGAGGGACCAAAUCGAAAUGGGCGUCAACUUGGAUGAUGUCAGCCGCCUAGGGGCCCUUACUGAAGAGCAACAAGACGAAGGUGCGCAGGAAGAGUUGAAGGAGGGGCUGGACUUUGUUUGGGAUAUACUCAAGGACGCUACAGCAAAUCCAGCCACAUCCCUACCUUUUCCAACCACUACAGUAUUAGGGGUUCCUUCGACUUUAGCGGAGCACUCAACAACUCCGGCUCCGACCGCGACGGAAGGGAGCCCCACUACGCCGGUAACCUCACCGCUCUCUACUGCGUCCGAGGAGGAGUCGUUCCUGGACACGCUGCGUGAUCUGGUUGGCAACGUGAACAUGAACCUUCCUUGGGCGGACAUCAAACGGGUGGGGGCGCUCUCUAAGUCCCUUGACAAAGGAGCCAAGCAGCAGGCAGUUGAGCAGCUUGGCUUCGUGGAAGACAUUCUGAACGGAGUCAAGGAAUGGGCGAACAAGACAUCUGGUACUACACAUGCGCCAAAUGCGACAUUCAUGACAUCAGAGGAGUUGCAGUCCCACAGUACAAAACCACAAAUUCCAACUGGGGUUGCGCAUGCGCCAUCUACCACGACCAUGACGUCGCCCACAAUGUUACGUCUGCUGACAAAAAUAGUCGGCAGAAAGACAUCUUUACGUUCAGAGCCACCUUUGCCCACGACUCCCUACUCCCCAAUGGACCGGUGGACAGAGUGGUCAGCCUGGGGUGAAUGCUCGGCUACCUGCGGCCUAGGUGAGCAGUCAAGGAUCAGAGAGUGUCAACUCCUCAUCGAAGGUCUGGUCAUACCGGCCAGUGGUUGUGAAGGCAACCGAGAGGAGACAGUGGCCUGCGAGACACACCGAUGCCAAGUUGGUGCUUGGGCAGCUGAGACUACGCAAGCGCCAUAUGCCGUGCUGACGACGAUACCAAUGGUGUUGCGCCCUCUCACGACUUUUAAAGCUCCAGAGCCAUCUUCGCCCACGACUCCCUACUCCCCCAUGGACCGGUGGACAGAGUGGUCAGCCUGGGGUGACUGCUCGGCUACUUGCGGCUUAGGUGAGCAGUCAAGGACCAGAGUGUGUCAACUCCUCAUUGAAGGUCUAAUCAUCCCGGCCAGCGGCUGUGAAGGCAGCAGGGCGGAGACAAUGGCGUGCGACACGCGCCGAUGCCCAGAAACACCUCGUGUGGACGGUCAGUGGUCUGACUGGUCCGAGUGGACCCAGUGCUCGGCCAUGUGCGGCCCUGGCGAGCAGACGCGCCAUCGACUGUGCGACAGCCCCCAUCCUGCUGGUGAGGGCGCCCUACCAUGUGAGGGCGCUAUGACCGAAGACCAGGACUGUCACGGUGAAGGGAAGGUCUGCGAGGAUGCCGGCCUCAAAGCUCUGGCCUCCUCCACCCCCAGGCCGAGCGUUAACGCACCGACCCGCCGCCGGAUCCAUAAGCUGGUGGCCUGGGUCGUUCUGGUCGUCUUCGUUGUCUUGGUCGCGAUGGCCUUCGUGGCUUGCACGACAGUCAAGCUCCGACAGGUGUACGGCGCCAGGCAGUACCGGGGCGGCAAGCCGAUGUUCACCGACGACUCUCUCAAGUCUUCGUUCCGAUCGACCGUGCCAUAGUUUUCCGAGAACCGGUCCGAAAUUUCCCGAUCUGGGCUGUAAUUGGCAAGCUUCGGCAAUCACUGGAGAGCAUCUACAGUCAUCGGCAAGCAUUGGCAAAUAUCGGCAAACAUCGUCGAGCCUUGGCUAUUAUCGGCAAGCUUCGGCAUUCAUUAUGUUACUUUGCGUUGCCAUGUAUACAUAAUCUAGGCUUCAUAAAAAUGUCUGAUCGUUCAAUUCGGGAUGUAAUUUCUAUCUUCAUUUCAAUUUAUUUCGAUAACAGAGAGAACAGCGUUUGUUCUGUUCUGUAUCAGAAAUGUACUAUAAAAAUUUGGUUUUGGUUAUGCAACUUUUUUUCGUAUUCAAGUUGAUUUAUUAAUCUUCUUAAUGUACAAAAUGACACGUUAUACCCUGUAUAAUUUUUUAAAAUCCGAUUACUGUCUUCUUUUAUGUACAAUUGUCAUUUCCCAUUUGGCUCAUGAAGCCUACAUUUUUUCCGCCAUUACGGAAAACGUGAGGAAUUUGCAGCAGUUUUGAUAAUACAUUUGACACUAUAAAACCGUCCAUAAAUACCAGCUUUGUGAAAAAUUAAGGUGGGCUGGGGAUGGGACACCUUGUCCAUUUUCAGUAAGAGAGCAAUUUUAUACCACCGUUUCUACCUGUUCACUCUCGGAGUCUCCGGCUGCUAUUGGGCAUUAACCCCCUCCCUUUCUACCUUGCCCCGCCCCUGGGGGAACCACACGCCUUCUCAGCUAAACAGUGAUGGAAGAUGGUACGGGUGCAUGAAGAAAUAGAACGAAACCCCUGAGCACAUCGGGGUGAAAAGGGUUCAGAAAUCUACCAAAGGGAAAAUAUAACUAAUUCCAAUAGAAAAAAAAAUCGCUUAAGAUGCCGACCAUCGAGUUCCGUAAUUGGUUUGCGUGGCUAGCGGCGGGUAUAGUGUACCGACCAUGAGCUCGCAACCCCGGCCGGUAUUACCACCGAGGUGAGACGCUCACAAAAACUCACAGACCGAUGUCCGUCUUCCUCGGGCGUGACGUAUUGACAACGAAGGAAAUCACUCCGAAGAAGGAUGAAAUAUUGCUGCAUUAUUUUCUUUCCUUUUUCAAAAUGCGUAGAAUUUAAUACUGUCAUUUGAACAUUUUUACAUUAAAAUGUAAAUAGGGGAAUUUUCGGACCAACACGGGAAAAAAGCUUUUCUUGUUUUGAUUUGUUUUGUUUGUAUUUAAGUUUAAUCUCGUUUUAUAAUAAAAGACAGAUGACCUAUUGCCGGGGUGACAAUAAAAAGUAUAUAUCAUUCCAAGAUGUAUAGGCUUUACUUAA